AUGGUGGUGCUGUCGCUGAAGAUCUGCGUCCGCCACUGUAAUGUGGUGAAGACGAUGCAGUUCGAGCCCUCCACAGCCGUGUAUGACGCGUGUCGAAUCAUCAGAGACCGGGUCCCCGAGGCACAAACCGGGCAAGCGUCAGAUUAUGGCCUCUUCUUGUCCGACGAAGACCCCAGGAAGGGCAUCUGGCUGGAGUCUGGCAGAACACUGGACUAUUACAUGCUCCGAAAUGGGGAUAUUCUUGAGUAUAAGAAGAAGCAGAGGCCACAGAAAAUCAAAAUGUUGGAUGGAGCUGUGAAAACCGUAAUGGUCGAUGACUCUAAGACUGUGGGGGAACUGCUUGUCACAAUUUGCAGCAGAAUAGGCAUCACAAACUAUGAAGAAUACUCGCUCAUCCAGGAAACGGUGGAGGAGAAGAAGGAAGACGGCAUGGGCACACUUAAGAAGGACAGAACUCUGCUGCGCGACGAGAGGAAAAUGGAGAAACUCAAAGCCAAACUUCACACAGAUGACGACUUGAACUGGCUGGACCACAGUCGAACUUUCAGAGAGCAGGGCGUGGAUGAGAGUGAAACCCUUUUGCUUCGCCGUAAAUUCUUCUACUCGGACCAGAAUGUUGACUCUCGAGAUCCCGUUCAGCUUAAUCUCCUCUACGUUCAGGCCCGGGACGACAUUCUGAACGGCUCUCAUCCCGUAUCGUUCGACAAAGCCUGUGAGUUCGGAGGCAUCCAGGCCCAAAUACAGUUCGGACCUCACAUCGAGCACAAACACAAACCCGGAUUCCUGGACUUAAAGGAAUUUCUUCCCAAAGAAUACAUAAAGCAAAGAGGCGCCGAGAAGAAAAUCUUUCAGGAGCAUAACAACUGCGGAGAAAUGACCGAGAUAGAAGCGAAAGUAAAAUACGUGAAACUCGCACGUUCUCUGCGCACGUACGGAGUGUCCUUCUUCUUGGUUAAGGAAAAGAUGAAGAGCAAGAACAAGCUGGUGCCUCGGCUGCUGGGCAUAACCAAAGAGUCUGUGAUGAGAGUGGAGGAGAAGACCAAGGACGUGGUGCAGGAGUGGCCUCUCACAACGGUCAAGAGAUGGGCAGCGUCGCCGAAGAGCUUCACUCUGGAUUUUGGAGAGUAUCAAGAGAGCUACUACUCUGUGCAAACCACUGAAGGGGAACAAAUCUCUCAACUCAUUGCCGGUUACAUCGACAUCAUUCUAAAAAAGAAACAAAGUAAGGACCGCUUUGGGUUGGAAGGAGACGAGGAGUCGACCAUGCUGGAGGAGUCUGUGUCCCCAAAAAAGUCCACUAUCUUACAGCAGCAGUUCAACCGCAUGGGUCGAGCGGAGCACGGGUCUGUGGCUCUGCCGGGGGUCAUUCGCUCGGGCUCCAUUGGCACCGAGUGUCUGAGUGUGGGCUCCAUGCCGUCAGCCCAGCAGCAGAUCACCAUGGGGCAGAUGCACCGGGGUCACAUGCCUCCACUGAGUUCAGCUCAGCAAGCACUAAUGGGAACCAUAAAUACCAGCAUGCAGGCUGUGCAAAAGGCCCAGAUUGAUCUUGGAGAAGUGGACAACCUGCCUCCUAUUGGACAGGACAUGGCUUCAAAAGUGUGGAUUCAAAACAAGAUGGAUGAAUCCAAACAUGAGAUCCACUCCCAGGUGGAUGCCAUCACCGCAGGAACAGCCUCAGUGGUCAACCUCACAGCUGGUGAUCCGACAGACACGGAUUACACUGCUGUGGGGUGUGCCAUCACCACCAUCUCAUCCAACCUGACGGAGAUGUCCAAGGGAGUGAAGCUGCUCGCUGCGUUGAUGGAGGAUGAGGUGGGAGGAGGCAAUGACCUGAUGAAGGCUGCCCGGACCCUGGCUGGAGCCGUGUCCGACCUGCUGAAGGCUGUGGAGCCGGCUUCUGGAGAGCCAAGACAAACUGUACUGACAGCAGCAGGCAGCAUCGGCCAGGCCAGUGGAGAUCUUCUUCGGCAGAUUGGAGAAAAUGAGACGGACGAACGGUUCCAGGAUGUGCUGAUGAACCUGGCCAAAGCCGUGGCCAAUGCAGCUGCAAUGUUGGUGCUUAAAGCAAAGAACGUGGCUCAGGUUGCAGAGGACACGGUGCUUCAGAACCGGGUUAUCGCUGCAGCCACACAAUGUGCCCUCUCCACCUCUCAGCUGGUCGCCUGUGCAAAGGUGGUGAGCCCCACUAUCAGUUCGCCCGUGUGUCAGGAGCAACUGAUUGAAGCUGGAAAGUUGGUCGACCGCUCGGUGGAGAGCUGUGUCCAAGCGUGUCUUUCAGCCACUGAAGAUGGAGACCUCCUCAAACAGGUGAGCGCUGCAGCGAGUGUGGUGGGCCAGUCGCUGGCAGAUCUGCUGCAGCAUGUGCGUCAGUACACGUCCAGAGGAGAGCCCAUUGGCCGCUACGACCAGGCCACCGACACCAUCAUGUCUGUGACAGAGAACAUCUUCAGCUCCAUGGGAGAUGCAGGGGAGAUGGUGCGGCAGGCCCGUGUCUUGGCUCAGGCCACGUCAGACCUGGUCAAUGCCAUGAGGUCCGACGCGGAGGCUGAGGUGGAUGUGGAUAACUCCAAGAAGCUGCUGGCUGCUGCUAAACUUCUGGCUGAUGCAACUGCGCGUAUGGUGGAGGCUGCAAAAGGGGCUGCAGCCUACCCAGAGAAUGAAGACCAGCAGCAGCGGCUGAGGGAGGCGGCUGAGGGGCUGCGCGUUGCCACUAAUGCUGCUGCUCAGAACGCCAUCAAGAAAAAACUCAUUAACAGACUAGAGAAUGCAGCAAAGCAAGCAGCCGCCGCUGCCACACAGACCAUUGCUGCUGCUCAAAAUGCAGCUGCCUCCAACAAGAACACCGCAGCUCACCAGCAGCUGGUGCAGAGCUGCAAGGCUGUUGCAGAUCACAUACCACAGCUGGUUCAGGGCGUGCGUGGAAGUCAAGCUAAACCAGAAGAUCUCAGUGCUCAACUGGCCCUCAUCAUUGCCAGUCAAAACUUCCUACAGCCUGGAAGUAAGAUGGUGACGUCAGCAAAGUCCUCCGUUCCCACAGUGACCGAUCAGGCUGCAGCCAUGCAGCUGGGUCAGUGUGCCAAGAACCUGGCCACCUGUCUGGCAGAGCUGAGGACUUCUGCUCAGAAGGCUCAUGAAGCCUGUGGUCCUAUGGAGAUCGACUCUGCCCUCGAUGCCAUUCAGACUCUACAUAACGAGCUGCAAGACGCCAGGAUGGCCUGUAGUAGUGACCAGCUUAAACCGCUUCCGGGUGAAUCGUUGGAGAAAUGUGCUCAGGAUCUGGGCAGCACCUCAAAGUCAGUUGGUUCUUCUAUGGCCCAACUGUUGACCUGUGCAGCCCAAGGAAAUGAGCAUUACACUGGCAUAGCAGCCAGAGAAACGGCUCAGGCCUUGAAGACGCUCGCACAGGCGGCCCGUGGUGUCGCUGCUUCCUCCUUAGACCCCAAGGCCGCAGUUGCCAUGUUGGAUUCUGCUCGAGAUGUUAUGGAGGGUUCCGCCCUCCUCAUUCAGGAAGCUAAGGAGGCACUUGCUUCACAUGGAGAUGCAGAGAGUCAGCAGCGACUGGCCCAGGUGGCCAAAGCUGUGUCCCACUCUUUGAACAACUGUGUGAACUGCCUGCCUGGUCAGAAAGAUGUAGAUAUGGCUCUCAAAAGUAUUGGAGAAGCUAGCAAGAAGUUGCUCAUUGAAACGAUUCCACCUGCUUCCAAGUCCUUCCAGGAUGCCCAGAGUGACCUGAACCAGACGGCAGCCGACCUGAACCAGUCCGCCGGGGAGGUGGUGUAUGCCUCCAGAGGCUCCAGCGGACAACUGGCCGAAGCAUCCGGGAAGUUCAGCCAAGACUUUGAUGAGUUCUUGGACGCGGGCAUUGAGAUGGCUGGUCACACUCAGAAAAAGGAUGACCAAGUACAAGUGAUUGGGAACUUAAAGAACAUAUCCAUGGCAUCCAGUAAGCUGCUUCUGGCUGCUAAAAGUCUGUCUGUGGAUCCUGCAGCUGCAAAUGCCAAAAACCUGUUGGCAGCUGCAGCAAGGGCAGUCACUGAUAGCAUCAACCAGCUGAUUACACUCUGCACUCAGCAGGGUCCUGGGCAAAAGGAGUGUGACAAUGCUUUAAGAGAGUUAGAGGCUGUCAGGGGGAUGCUGGACAACCCCAAUGAGCCAGUCAGUGACCUGUCCUACUUUGACUGCAUUGAAAGUGUCAUGGAGAAUUCCAAGGUCCUUGGAGAGUCUAUGGCCGGUAUUUCUCAGAACUGCAAGACUGGUGAUGUGCUUUCAUUUGGAGAUUGUGUUGGAUCAGCCUCAAAAGCGCUGUGUGGCCUCACUGAAGCUGCAGGACAGGCGUCCUACCUCGUUGGCGUGUCCGAUCCCAACAGUCAGGCUGGGCAUCAGGGACUUGUGGAUCCAAUUCAGUUUGCUAAAGCCAACCAGGCUAUUCAGAUGGCCUGCCAGAAUCUGGUGGACCCAGAUAGCAGUCCAUCCCAGGUUCUCUCAGCUGCCACUAUAGUUGCCAAGCACACAUCAGCUUUGUGUAAUGCUUGUCGUCUGGCUUCAUCAAAGACAACCAACCCGGUUGCCAAAAGGCACUUUGUCCAGUCAGCCAAGGAGGUGGCCAACAGCACAGCUAACCUCGUAAAGACCAUCAAGGCGUUGGAUGGCGAUUUCUCUGAGGAGAACAGGAGCAGGUGUCGUGUUGCCACUACUCCGCUCAUUGAAGCUGUAGAAAACCUAACCACAUUUGCUUCCAACCCGGAGUUUGCCAGUGUCCCUGCUCGGAUCAGUAAAGAGGGCUCUGCGGCUCAGGAGCCCAUCCUGCAGUCAGCUCGCUCCAUGCUGGACAGCUCAACUCAUCUGCUGAAGACUGCUCGUUCUUUAGUCAUGAACCCUAAAGAUCCUCCCACAUGGUCUGUUCUGGCGGGCCAUUCCCGCACUGUGUCAGACUCCAUCAAAGGCCUCAUUACAGCCAUUCGGGACAAAGCCCCCGGCCAGCGGGAGUGUGACUCCUCCAUAGAUAACAUCAACAAAUGUAUCCGGGACAUAGAGCAGGCCUCUCUGGCAGCCGUCAGCCAGAACCUGCUCUGCAGAGACGACAUCUCACUGGAGGCUCUCCAGGAACAGCUCACAUCCACCGUGCAGGAAAUUGGCCACUUAAUUGACCCCGUUUCCACAGCAGCCAAAGGCGAAGCUUCUCAACUAGGACACAAGGUGACCCAGUUGGCGGGUUACUUCGACCCCCUCAUAGCAGCUUGUGUGGGGCUGGCCUCUAAACUCAAAGACCACCAACAGCAGAUGACUUUUCUCGAUCAAACAAAGACCUUAGCCGAGUCUGCUCUUCAGAUGCUCUAUGCCGCGAAGGAGGGAGGAGGGAACCCAAAGGCAGUCCACACGCAUGACGCCAUAGCAGAGGCCACACAAUUGAUGAAGGAGGCCGUGGAUGACAUCAUGGUGACUCUGAACGAAGCUGCCAGUGAAGUGGGAUUAGUCGGAGGAAUGGUGGAGUCUAUUGCAGAUGCAAUGGCCAAGCUUGAUGAAGGUACUCCUCCUGAACCCGAAGGCUCUUUUGUGGAUUAUCAGACAAGCUCUGUGAGAUAUUCAAAGGCUAUAGCUGUAACAGCCCAAGAAAUGAUGACAAAAUCUGUGACAAGUCCGGAUGAUUUGGGAGCCCUGGCCUCUCAAGUGACCGUGGACUACAGCCAGCUGGCUGUUCAGGGCCGACUCGCUGCUUACACAGCAGAGCCAGAAGAGAUUGGGUUUCAGAUAAAGACUCGCGUUCAAGACCUAGGACAUGGUUGCAUCUACCUGGUCCAGAAAGCAGGAUCCUUACAAAUCACUCCAUCUGACAGUUUUACCAAGAGGGAACUUAUAGAAUGUGCUCGAGCAGUCACUGAAAAGGUAUCAUUAGUGCUUUCAGCCCUUCAAGCAGGAAACAAGGGCACACAAGCCUGCAUCACUGCAGCCAGUGCUGUGUCUGGGAUUAUAGCCGACCUGGACACAACCAUUAUGUUUGCUUCUGCAGGCACGCUCAAUGCAGAGAACGAGGAGUCUUUUGCUGAUCACAGAGAAAACAUUUUGAAGACAGCCAAAGCUCUAGUUGAGGACACAAAGAUGCUGGUGUCUGGUGCUGCCUCUGGACAGGACAAGUUGGCACAAGCUGCUCAGUCCUCGGCCAAAACCAUUACACAGCUCACGGAUGUGGUUAAACUGGGAGCAGCGAGCAUUGGUUCAGACGACCCAGAGACUCAGGUCCUUAGCAUUCAAGUUGUUCUGAUAAAUGCUGUGAAAGAUGUUGCAAAAGCUUUGGCUGAGCUCAUUAGUGCCACCAAGUGUGCGGCGGGGAAAGCAGCCGAUGAUCCCUCUAUGUAUCAGCUCAAGAGUGCAGCUAAGGUCAUGGUGACUAAUGUGACGUCUCUUCUGAAAACGGUGAAAGCUGUAGAAGAUGAGGCGACCCGCGGAACCAGGGCCCUGGAGGCCACCAUAGAGUGCAUUAAACAAGAGCUGGGGGUGUUUCAAUCUAAAGACGCUCCUAAUAAGACCACCACUCCUGAAGAAUUUAUCCGCAUGACUAAGGGCAUUACUAUGGCAACCGCUAAAGCUGUGGCCGCUGGGAACUCAGGUCGACAGGAAGACAUCAUCCACACCGCCAACCUCAGCCGCAAGGCCAUCUCCGACAUGCUGACCACCUGCAAGCAAGCGGCGUACAGCCCAGAGGUCAGUGAGGAGGUAAAGAGGAGAGCCUUGACGUUUGGAAGCGAGUGUACAACAGGAUACAUCGACCUGUUAGAACAGGUGCUAUUGGUCCUGCUGAAGCCCACAGCAGAUCAAAAGCAACAGCUGGCCGUCUGCUCCAAGCGAGUCGCGGGGGCGGUCACAGAACUUAUCCAAACAGCAGAGGCCAUGAAAGGGUCGGAGUGGGUGGACCCUGAGGAUCCCACUGUGAUUGCAGAAACAGAGUUGCUCGGAGCAGCUGCAUCCAUUGAAGCUGCAGCGAAGAAGCUGGAGCAGCUCAAACCACGAGCUAAGCCAAAGCAAGCAGACGAGUCUUUAAACUUUGAAGAACAGAUUCUGGAGGCUGCAAAGUCCAUUGCUGCAGCUACAAGUGCCCUUGUCAAGUCUGCUUCAGCUGCCCAGAGAGAGCUGGUGGCUCAGGGUAAAGUUGGCUCGAUCCCCGCCAACGCUGUGGAUGAUGGACAGUGGUCUCAAGGCCUGAUUUCUGCUGCUCGCAUGGUGGCAGCAGCAACAAGCAACUUGUGUGAAGCUGCAAAUGCGUCCGUGCAAGGCCAGGCCAGCGAGGAGAAACUCAUCUCCUCAGCCAAACAGGUGGCGGCCUCCACUGCCCAGCUGCUGGUCGCCUGUAAGGUCAAAGCCGACCAGGACUCUGAGGCCAUGCGCAGACUACAGAUUGCUGGAAAUGCUGUUAAAAAAGCUUCAGACAAUUUGGUGAGAGCAGCCCAGAAAGCUGCUUUUGACAAGGCAGAUGAAGACAAUGUGGUCGUCAAGACAAAGUUUGUGGGUGGAAUAGCACAGAUUAUUGCUGCUCAGGAGGAAAUGCUUCGGAAAGAGAGGGAACUUGAAGAGGCAAGAAAGAAACUAGCCCAGAUCCGACAGCAGCAGUACAAGUUCCUGCCCAGUGAGCUCCGGGAGGAUGCGGACUAA